AUGAGAUUCUCCAAAGUAUUUUCUUUUUUUGCUUUUUUCAUUGCCCUUAAAUAUUUUAACAGAUGCCUUGGUGAUCAAUUAGAUAUGGGUUCCUUACACAAUAACAAUAAUGUUGUAGGAAACUCAUCAUCACAAUCACCAUCAUCAUCAUCUUCCUCAUCAUCAUCUUCACAAUCACCAUCUGCAUCUUCAUCCUCAACCCCAUCAUCCCCAGCUUCCUCAUCUUCAACCCCAUCAAGCUCAUCAGAUGACAGCAAAAAUGUAUCUUUAGAUAAAAUCGAUGAAGAACUUCAAAAGAAAAAGAAAAACGAAAAAUUACUUUUAAUAUCCUCUGUUGCCACAGGUUUAGCCGUUUUAGUAGGUGGAUUAAUAGGUACUGCUUUAUACACCAGCAGAAAAGCAUCAAAAGCCAACAAUAAUAAUGGUGACGAUUUAGAUUCUGAUGCUGAAGAAACCGAUGCUACUAACGACUCAUCUUCAGAAACCAAAAAUGAAGAAGUCCAAACCGAAGAAACCAAAAAAGAAGAAUAA